CGAGUAUGACUCAAGAUGACUAAUAGUAGAUCAAUGGAUAAUUAAUGAAUGGUAAACAUGUAUAAAGGAAGGAGCAUUUAGCUGUGACGUUUUUUCAUAAAUGACUGAGCCCUGACAUCCCCAGAAUGACAUCAUCGCGUAGUGACCGCGCGCGGUGUUAAGUAACGGGAGGGGGAGACAGAGCAACGGCUGCUGGAGCUUCUCAGGGACUAUCAACAGGGAGAGCAACCGACCACAGAGCUCAAAGCUGGGGGUAUGAGAUCCGCCAGAAUCCACUCCCAUCCUCCUUUACUCGGGCUUCUGUCCCACUGACAACCAUCGGAUCAGAACAUCCACCGAACCAGCUCUCGGACGAACCCAAUAUCGGUGACAACUCGCAAACAUGGAGCUGAGAGUGGGGAACAAGUACCGGCUCGGGCGGAAGAUAGGGAGUGGCUCCUUUGGCGACAUUUACCUUGGUGCCAACAUCGCCACAGGGGAGGAGGUAGCCAUCAAGCUGGAAUGUGUGAAGACCAAACACCCCCAGCUGCACAUUGAGAGCAAGUUCUACAAGAUGAUGCAAGGAGGAGUGGGUAUCCCAUCGAUAAAGUGGUGUGGUGCAGAGGGAGACUACAACGUGAUGGUGAUGGAGCUGCUCGGCCCCAGUCUGGAGGACCUUUUCAACUUUUGCUCCCGGAAGUUCAGCCUGAAGACCGUUCUGCUGCUGGCCGACCAGAUGGUACGACACAAAACCUUCAUGUGA